UUUCGACAGGCAUUUACGCGGGCGCACGCUGGUCCUUCCUCCUUUUCUACGUCCCUCAGCGAGGCCGGCGUCAAGAUGAACGACACAGUGACUGUCAGGACCCGUAAAUUCAUGACGAACCGGCUGCUUCAGAGGAAGCAAAUGGUCGUCGAUGUCUUGCACCCAGGCAAAGCAACAAUUCCCAAAACUGAAAUCAGGGAAAAACUCGCCAAGAUGUACAAGACCACCCCUGAUGUCGUGUUCGUGUUUGGCUUCAGAACUCAGUUUGGAGGGGGAAAGACGACAGGCUUCGCUAUGGUGUAUGACUCCUUAGACUACGCUAAGAAGAACGAGCCCAAGCACAGACUGGCCAGGCACGGACUCUAUGAGAAGAAAAAGACCUCAAGAAAACAGCGCAAGGAACGCAAGAACAGAAUGAAGAAAGUCAGAGGCGUCAAGAAGGCCUCUGUGGGCGCUGCCGGCAAAAAGAAAUGAGGUGUCAGUUUCAGGUACAGAAGCUGAGCGCAUGGUGUGCCGUGUGCAGCACAUCAUAGAGCAGAUCUGCUAGUCCUAUGCAUGUUUCCUUAUGUUAGUCUGUGUGUGUAAACCUCAAACCCAAGGCUUUUGUCCUCUGUCCUUACUCACUGGGUAUGGUCCACGUGUGUUCCAAUGUAGUGCUUAGAGAGAAUGCUUCAAUAUGAAUUGAAAUAAGGGGUAAAAAGCAUGGGUUGGAGUGACUGUGUGGAAGCUCUUAACUAGAACCCUGGUCCUGACUAGACGUGUGUUUUUAAAAGCAACUCGUUUGAACUACAUGAUAAUUUCUUAAGUUACAGCCUCUUGUAUUUGUGCACCGUCCGAACUAUUUUAACUUAUAUUAACUAUUUUACUUUUUUUCUUUCAUUUGCAGUGAGCCUGGACUGCUGGGGAGGUCUGCGUGUGCAAGAUGUUCUUGUAUAUUGUCAAUAAAAUUGAAAAAAAAAGA